CGGCCCGCCCAGCGGCACCGCCAGCGCCGCUGCCGCCCCACGCCGCGGGCCGGGCCGCCGCCAGAGGGGCUGCGCUGGCAGCCAUGCCCGCCUCCGAGGCCGUGCUGCAGCCGUCCCCCAGCAAGAGGCAGAAGGGCUCGGGGCCCGGCGAGCACAGCACACGGCUCCGCUUCACCAAGCUGUCCGAGAAUGCCUUCACCCCCUCCAGGGGCUCCGCGCGGGCUGCGGGCUACGAUCUGUACAGUGCCUAUGAUUGUGUGAUACCACCCAUGGAAAAGGCUGUAGUGAAAACAGACAUUCAAAUAGCACUUCCUCCUGGGUGCUAUGGCCGAGUAGCACCACGUUCUGGUUUAGCUGCAAAGCACUUCAUAGAUGUUGGUGCCGGUGUUAUUGAUGAGGAUUACAGGGGAAAUGUUGGUGUAGUGCUCUUCAACUUUGGCAAGGAGACUUUUGAAGUUAAAAAAGGGGAUAGAAUUGCCCAGCUCAUCUGUGAACGCAUUUAUUAUCCUGAGCUAGAAGAAGUCGAAGCUCUGAAUGAUACGGAUCGUGGUGAAGGUGGCUUUGGUUCUACCGGGAAGAACUGAGAAUGACUUGAAUACGCUGUAUAUGUUUUGGUUUUUUUUGUUACACUGUUUCUAAAUUUUCAUUUGAAUUAGAAGUGGGAUUUUAGGACUGCAUAAAAACAUUUCUAGUUUUAUUGCAGCUUUUCUGUAUCCUCCUGUCUAUUUUUACAGGCAGUGAAUUUGCAUAAUGGGGAGAUAUGCAUGACUGGUUUCACUGAUCCAGUUGAUGUUUAGUCCUCAACAGUAUGUUGUUUAUGUUUUGAUUAUACUCUAAUAAAUUAAGAAAUUACUUCAUGAUUUGAUUUUACUCACCUAAAGUAAAAGGGCCAAUUUUGCCAGUUUGCGUUAAUGUUCUGAAAUCCAUCUUCCACGUGGCUCAGGAUUUCAUACUGAGCCUAUUUCAUACAUUUCGAUAUCACCUCCCACUCUGACCCCUGAAAAAGGCAAAGAUACUACUAUUGCAUCUUCUAUAACCUGUCCAAAUACUCGUGUUUCUGUUCAAAGCUGAAAUUAUGACUUUGAUCCUUAGCUGAUCUUCAAGCAGCCAAUUUUUCCACUGUUAUAUUAAGAGCAAACAAUACAGUUUUUGAGCUAAAUAACAACUUGUCUGGAAAUAACUUCUAUAGAGUACGUGCUAUGAAAUAUGCUGUUGAAAUAUUUGUUGACAAAUCUAUGAAUAUGUUACUGUAUGAAUUA